UUUUCGGGUUCUUCGUCGGCGCCAAUUUUUGGUAAUUUUUAGGCAGAAAUCAUGAGUGAAAAGGGAAAAGAUCGCCGUAAACGCCGGUCCAGCGAGGCUGAAGCAGAGGAAAGCAGUAAGGACGAGCAGGAAAACACGCCUCUAGAAUCUGUCGAGGAAAACCCGGAAGACGGUGAUGGUGAAGAGUGGAUCGGGCCGUUGCCGUCGGCGGCAGCCCAGCCGAAGAAGAAAAAGGUACUGGAGUUUGAAAAGCUGUACGUCGAAAGCCUGCCGGAUGCGGAAUGCUACGAGAAGUCGUACAUGCAUCGCGAUACCAUCACGCAUCUGGUCGCUACCAAGACGGAGUUCAUCGUGACCGUGAGCCAGGAUGGGCACGUAAAGUUCUGGAAGAAGAUGGAGUUGGGCAUUGAGUUCGUGAAGCACUUCCGCAGUCAUCUGGCACCGAUCGUUUGGCUGGCGGCGAACAACAGCGGAACGUACCUUUGCACGGCCUCGAUUGACAAGAACAUCAAGGUCUUUGAUGUGGUCAACUUCGAUAUGAUCAAUAUGUUGCAGUUGGACUAUAUACCGUAUCGGGUGGAGUGGGUCCACGGUAUGGGCGACGUCAUUAGCUACCUGGCAGUGGCCGAUCAAGAUUCUCCCGUGAUCCGCGUGUACGAUGGUAAAGGAACGAACACACCAUUGCAUACGCUCGACAAGCUGCACACCAAACCGGUCGUAGUGCUGCGGUAUAAUCCCGCAUUCGAAGUAACCGUAUCGAUUGACAAAGCCGGCAUACUGGAGUACUGGUAUGGGCCACGGCACGACUUCAAAUUUCCCACCAAACUGGUCCAUUUCGAGUCCAAGCUGGACACCAGUCUGUACGAGUUUGCGAAGAACAAAACGAUCGUUACGUCGCUAAGCUUUUCGCCGGAUGGGAAAAAGUUUGCCACCAUGUCAACCGAUCGUCAAGUGCGCGUGUUUGGCUUUCUGAGUGGUAAAUUGUUGCGUGUGUAUGACGAAAGUUUGGCACGGUACAGCGAGAGCCAGCAGUUGUCGCAAACACUGUCGAACAUGGAGUUUGGCCGACGUAUGGCGAACGAACGAGAUUUAGAGAAAUCGGAUGCAUUCGCACACACGAACGUGAUGUUCGACUACAGCGGUCAUUUCAUCAUGUAUCCCACCAUGCUAGGCAUUAAGCUGGUCAACGUUGAGACGAACCGGUGUGCAAAGAUUAUCGGAAAGAACGACAAUCUGCGACCAUUGAAUUUGGCGCUAUUCCAGGGAAAGGUAAAGUUCUCAAAAGCCGCAAAUACGAUCGAGCAAGAAGCAUCAGAUAACAAAGCUGCGCAGGCGAUUCCUAAUGAUCCUACUUUGUUCUGCACCGCGUACAAAAAACAAAGGUUCUAUCUCUACUCCCGGCGGUUGCCUUCUGAUUUGCAAGAGAUUGAUCGCGAUGUGUUCAACGAAAAACCUUCGAAGGAAGAUAUUAUCUCCGUCACGGAAGGGCAAGGAAUUCAAAAGAUCUACGACAAUGCCGUCCUCCACACGACGAUGGGCGACGUACAUCUGCGUCUGUUUGGCAAGGAGUGCCCGAAAACGGUGGAAAACUUCUGCGUACACAGCAAGAACGGGUACUACAAUGGCCAUUUGUUCCAUCGUGUCAUCAAGGGAUUCAUGAUCCAGACCGGAGAUCCAACGGGAACCGGUACCGGUGGUCAAUCGAUCUGGGGUGGUGAGUUUAAGGACGAGUUUUGCUCGACACUCAAGCAUGAUCGCCCAUACACGGUUAGCAUGGCAAAUGCAGGGCCCAAUACGAAUGGCAGCCAGUUCUUUAUCACCGUUUUGCCAACGCCAUGGCUUGACAACAAGCACACCGUGUUCGGACGCGUACAGAAGGGCAUGGAAGUGGUGCAGAAUAUUUGCAAUGCAAAGACAAACCCGAAAACCGACAAACCUUACGAUGAAAUUCGCAUCAUUUCGAUCAACCUGUCGUAA